CAAACCCAAGCUCCAUUCUGAGAGCUUUUUUUUCUUCUAAAAGAGGUAAUUUAAAAUCAAAUCAGUCUGAGUGUUUGCCAUGGCUGAGCUUCUGGUGCAGCAAUACAACAACUUUGGCUUUGUCAAAGGUCCGUCAAAGAGAAAGAGCCACCGCGGCUUCUCCUCGAAGUGUGCCUCCUUGGUAAAGCAGCAACGUGCCCGUGUCUACAUCUUGCGCCGCUGCGCUACCAUGCUUCUCUGCUGGUACAUUCAAGGCGAGGACUAAUCUUCUCCAAACGAUUAGGCUUCGUCGAAUUACAUGCAUUAAGUAGUUCGGUUUGGUUUUAUGGGGUAUGUGGUGUGGUGACUUUCUACCGUACUUUCCUUUUGUGUUUUUUACCGGAUGGGAGCAAAUCCACCGGGUUUUUGGAGAUCGAAGGGAGGAUUGUGGCGCGCACUCCAUGCCCUUUCACCGGCCGGACAUUAAUUAGUUAUUUGUCGACGGGGCAAUACAUACGUUAUGUUUGGGGGAUUGUUUGCCUGUUGCUGUAGUAAUUGUUAAUGUGACUAUAACCCUUUUGCCCUCUUAGAUGGAGGAGAAGUUAACUUAAUUAUGUUGUGGUUUGUAUGCUGUUGUGAUAAAGAGUAUGUAAUUCAAUAAGUGUUUUCUCGUAUCCUUGAUUGGUGACAAUAAAAUUAUCACCCCCAA